AUGAGUCAACCUACAGUAGCAAUCAUUGGUAGCGGGUUCAGUGGUCUUACAGCAGCUAUUCAACUCAAGAAGAAAUUGGGCAUCAUUGCGCAAAUCUAUGAAGGAACAAAGGAUAUCGGAGGGACAUGGAAUUACAACACUUAUCCCGGAUGUGCUUGUGAUAUUCCCAGCCAUCUGUAUUCGUUUAGUUUUGAGCUAAAUCCAAAUUGGAGUAAAAAAUACAGCCCACAGAAAGAAAUCCAUGAAUACAUGCAAAGUGUAGCCAGAAAGCACAAUGUGUAUCAACAAACUCAAUUUGAAACUAAGGUGAUCCGUGCAAGUUGGAUUGACAGCAAGAGGAAAUGGGAACUGGAAUUGCAUCAACCCACAGCGCACAAGGAGAACCAGAUCAAAUACUUUGAUUUUGUAUUUGGGUGUAUCGGUGGAUUAAGAGUGCCAAAUAUCCCCAAGCAAUUCCAAGCUUUCGAGGGAAAGAUCAUUCACUCUGCUUACUGGGACAAUGAUUUUGAUUUCAACGAUAAAACAGUCGCUGUCAUUGGCAGUGGCACAAGUGCAAUUCAAAUAGUCCCCAAUUUGGCGCCCAGGGUUAAUCAUUUGCAUAGUUUUCAACGAACACCGACUUGGGUAGGCCCAAGAGACCAGUUUGAGUUUUCUAGUUUCAUGAAAUUCAUAUUCGCCUACGUUCCUUUGGUCAUGCUCAUCUACCGCUCCUAUCUCUUUUACAUCCGUGAUUUCAAUUUCAGUGCUUGGGGAAACGUCAAUUCCAAGCGAGCCAAGCUUCUACGAGAUGGUAUCACGAUGCACAUGACACAUGUACUCAAGUCAAACAACCGCCCAGAUCUUAUAGACAAGCUUAUUCCAAGUUUCCCAGUGGGAUGCAAGCGAAUUGGCAUCUCUGACGAUUAUGUGCAAUCGUUGUGUGCAGAGAAUGUCACUGUCAAUACGAGCACCAUUACAAAGAUCCAAGGUAGAACAAUCACCACUGCAGAUGGCACUGAAACAGAGGUAGAUGUUUUGUGCCUUGCUACUGGCUUUGAUGUCGAUGGAUUCUUGGGUGAGCUACAAGUCAAUGGCAGAGAUGGCAUCAAUUUGAACAAGCUGUGGGAUGAUCAUACUGCCAAGACAUACAAGACAUUGACUGUGCAUGGCUUUCCAAAUUACUUUACAUUACUCGGCCCUGGAUCUGCUCUCGGCCAUAACUCGGUUGUUACCAUCAUUGAAAGUCAAAUUGAUUAUUGCAUCGAAAUGAUGAGCUACAUGAUCAAGAACCACAUCAAAAGCUUAGAUCCCACUGAAAAGGCCCAAGAGGCGUUUUCCAAUGAUUUGCAGUCUCGGUUUAAAGGCACAGUCUGGCGCGGUGGUUGUGAUUCCUGGUAUAUUAACAAGCAUGGUGACAUUCAGACAUUGUGGCCAUCCACAGUUACUAGUUUUAUAAAGAUGCUUAAGCAUACAGAUUACGACGCCAACUACAUUAAAAACUAG